AUGUCAGGACCCUUUAUGAUCUUUUUCAACAUGACAUACGGUGGAUAUACUUGGGAGACCUAUGCGCAGAUCAACCAGCGUGUCAACGACGUUGGAAGCGGUCUCAUGCAUUUGAACGAAAGAAUUCUCGGUAACAGCCAGCUGAACCGCUGGUCGGUCGGUAUCUGGUCGCAGGGGCGGCCAGAGUGGUUCAUCACCGAGAUGAGCUGCAACUUCCAUAAUCUUGUCUCAAUUGCUCUGUAUGAUACUCUUGGGCCUGAUGCGAUUGAGUACAUUUGUCAACAUUCAGAAAUCAAGGUCGUUGUCUGCAGUAUCAAGAAUAUCAUUCAGAUGAUGAAGAUUGCCGACAAUUUGCCUGAGCUGAAAGCCAUCGUUAGCAUGGAUUCGCUCCGCGAUAGCGCUACUGCGCCCGGAUCCGGCGACAACAACUCCGCGGACCGCCUUCGCUCUUGGGGCAACGAGAAAGGCAUCAAGAUCCUCGAUUUCGAUGAGAUUGAGGCCCUUGGUAAAAUGUUUCCUCGCAAGCAUACGCCCCCUCAUGCCGACGAAGUCGCCUCUAUCUGCUACACCAGCGGCACCACUGGCCAACCUAAAGGAGCCAUGUUGACCCACAAGAAUUUUAUCGCGUCUAUUGGAACUAACCGUGAAUCCAUGCAUAUCAAUGCAGACGACGUCCUGAUCAGUUACCUUCCUCUGGCCCAUAUUAUGGGCCGUAUGGUGGACACGAAUGCUACGUUUGCUGGGUGCAAGGUCGGCUACUUCAGAGGAGAUGUCGCGCUGCUCAUGGAGGAUGUUGCUGAACUCAAGCCUACGUAUUUCCCAACCGUGCCUCGUCUAUUGAACCGCAUCUACGCCAAAAUUGUCGCUGCCACCAUUGAGGCGCCAGGUGUUGCAGGUGUAUUGGCCCGUCGAGCAGUCGCUGAUAAGUUGGUCAAUUUGGAAGCUGGCAAGGGUGUACACCACCCAGUAUGGGAUCCUUUGGUGUUUGACAAGGUUAAGAUGGCUCUCGGUGGAAGAGUCCAAGUAUUGUUGACAGGAAGCGCACCGAUUUCCAAGGAGGUCCUCAGCUUUUUGCGCGUCGCUCUCGCUUGUGUUGUUACAGAGGGGUAUGGUGCUACAGAAGGAAUGGCCGUUGGUACCAUCACUAUGGCUGAUUUCCCCUCUAUUCUGUUCUUUAGCGAAUACAUCCCCGGACAUGUUGGCUGCCCUCGCCCUGGUAUAGAGCUCAAGCUGGUGGAUGUGCCCGAGAUGAACUAUCUUACAACAGAUAGGCCCUACCCUCGUGGCGAAAUCCGUAUCCGCGGUGCUACAGUAUUCAAGGGUUACUAUAAAGACGAAAAGAAUACCCAAGAGACCGUUGACCCGGAAGGAUGGCUUGCGACAGGAGACAUUGGAUUUAUGGAUGAUCGCGGAUGUCUUACUAUCGUCGACCGUAAGAAGAACAUUUUCAAGCUAGCACAAGGCGAAUAUAUUGCACCGGAAAAGAUUGAGAACAUCCUUACUGCCCGAUGCAACUUGGUCAUGCAGAUUUAUGUCCAUGGGGAUUCCCUCGAGAGCACGCUGGUGGCCGUUUCGGUCCCGGACCCGGAGACCUUUGUGCCUUUUGCCAACACCAUUACGGGUGCUGCGAUUGCGUUGAAUGAUCAGGAGGGCAUUGCCAGACUCUGCGAGCACCCCCAGGUCAAGAGUGCCUAUCUGAAAGAACUCGAGAAGGCCGGCAAGGCCGGGGGUUUCAGGGGGUUCGAGUUUGUAAAACGUCUUCAUUUGACCACAGACGCGUUCUCGGUCGAUAAUGAGUUGUUAACUCCGACGUUCAAGGUCCGUCGUCCUCAAGUCCGUGACAAGUUCAAGGAUGUGAUCCAGGCUAUGUAUGAGGAGAUGCGCAACGAAGUGCCGGCUGCAAAGCUUUAG